AAUUGCAGCUGAUUUAUGUCUUGUUUGGGUAAAAGUGCAAGUGACUAUCAAAAGGGAGUGAACUCUCUGUAUCAGCUUGGUGCUAUUUCUGUGUAUUCAGAGGUAUCAUAUUUUCAUUUCUUGAUUGUAGUGGAAGAAAAAGAGAGAAAGAGAAGCAGAAGAAGUCGAUCAAGAGACAGGAAGAGGAGUCGUUCACCUCGCGACAGGAAGCGCUCGAGAAGAAGUCGCAGUCGCGAUCGCAAGAGAGACCGGGAAGGAAAGAGAGAAGAAGGAGGGGGUGAGGGUGACCAGGACUUUGGGGAGGAUGGCGUUCCCAUGGUUAAGGAGGAGGACGUCGACACCUACACGGGCUAUGGAGGGUACAACCCUGACGAACAGAACGGAGAAGAGGAAGAAGAAGGACAGAGGGAAGAAGAAUAUGAGGGGUGAAGAAGAGCCUGAAAUUAAACUGCAACAAAUUCUAAUUUUUUUUCUCACGUUACAUUAGAAACAUUCAGUGUGUUUAUAAUUGUAAUACCUUGCAACUCUUUUUAAAAUUUUUACCUGGAAGUUGAUAAACAAUUGGACAUGUUACUAUCAGUCCUUACAUGUCGAUGUGUAAUGCUUGAAUUUAUUAUACUGUGAGGGAACAUUAUUUAAUCAUUUUAAUCUUCCUGUUGCUUUCCAUUCAGAGUGCUUCAUUUGAUUUUAGAUUUAAUCUAUGUUGUACAUUGUUGUUGUCAUUUGAAGAGAGAGGGAAGCAGCAUGGGGUUUUGUAACCCUGUAACAGGGCGAACUGUUGAUGAAGGAAAUCAAGUAUGAAGUUGUCAGCUUGUGCAUAAAUAAAUUUGGUGGCAAAAUAUA